GGCACGGGCGUUGACUGCGGGAGCGAAUGAUUUGGAUGAGAGGCAGUGUGGCAUGUUGAGGGGUUUCGGAUAUUUAAGCGGCUCAAGACGUCGUGGUGAUAAAGAGGAGCCUCGUGUCCUGUUCUUAUGGGCAUUAAAUGAGGUGUCUUAAAGUCCCCCAGGCAAGGACUGUCCUCGUGAGAAGAGACACUUGGAAGAGAAGAAGAGCAGACACUUUGGGGGAGAGAGAGAGAGGAGUUUUCCACGGAGCAUGGCCUCGGCCAACGAGAAUAGCACAGAUACACUACUGGCACACAUUAAACAGGAGGAUUGUGAAUGGGGUGCAGCAGGGGACUUGUGCGGGAAGGUGGAGGAUAAUGAAGGAAGCGUUUCAGGUUUUACACAACGGGAUUGCAAGGGGGAGGUUAUUGACAUUAAAACUGAGGAACCUGAAGACGUGUCUGGUGGUCUUGAACGGCAAAACCAAGACACUGGGCAUAUUUUGAAGCAAGAUCUUUGUGAAGAGUCUCAUGGCGGUUUACAGCCCCAGUUCAUUAAUACGAGUCAACCGGCCCUCUGGCAGAAUUGUAUGGAACUAAAAUCGGAGUCAUCGGCGUUUGAAGUGAAAAUCACCAAAGGGAAGGAGAGAGAAGAGGAGGAAGAGGAGCAGCCAUCAUCUGGAAUUGUGCAAAUGAAUUUACAGGAGAACGGCAGCGUCUCCCAGUCGUCAUUUGCUAAGCCGUCUCUCAGGUGCAGACUGCAACACAGACUAGACGAGGAGAGGAUGAAGAAAUCAACAAGAGGAACGGAGAACCUGAUAGCAGCCUCCUUCCAGUGCGGUUCUCUUCCUGUGAGGGAAGUCAUCGUCACUGACCACCGACAAGUGUGUACCACAGAUCAUGAGGGUUUGUGUGCUGAACGAAAGCGUGGACAAACGUUUAAAAACAAGUCUGAUCUCAAUGCAGUUCAUACAAGACCAAAGCCAUAUUGUUGUUCCGAAUGUGGCAAAAGAUUCCUCCAUAAGAGCAGUUUGCCAGCACACACAAGAAUUCAUACUGGUGAAAAAACGCAUUGCUGUUCUGAGUGUGGCAAGCAAUUUUCUGGCAGUUACAUGCUCCAAAGACAUACAAGAAUCCACACUGGAGAGAAGCACUACGGCUGUGCGGAAUGUGGCAAACAAUUCUCCAGCAAAGUUAAUCUUCAGAACCAUACAAGAAUUCAUACGGGAGAAAAGCCUUACUGCUGUAAUGAAUGUGGAAAGAGGUUCACGGAGAGUAGCCAUCUUAAGAGGCACAAAAAAAUCCACACAGGAGAGAAGCCAUAUGGCUGUUCUGAAUGUGGAAAACAGUUCACUAUCAAUUGCAAUCUUCAGAGUCAUAAAAGAAUUCAUACUGGAGAGAAGCCCUAUUGCUGUUCUGAAUGUGGCAAACAAUUUACCAGCGGGAGCAAUCUUUGGCACCACAAACGUAUUCAUACCGGAGAGAAACCCUAUUGCUGUUCUGAGUGUGGCAAACGAUUCCUCCAUAAUUUCAGCCUUCAGGCACACGUAAGGAUUCAUACUGGAGAAAAGCCAUAUUGCUGUAAUGAGUGUGGAAAACGAUUCACGGAGAGUAGCCAUCUUCAGAGGCACAGAAAGAUUCACACGGGAGAGAAGCCGUAUGGCUGUUCUGAAUGUGGGAAACAGUUCAAUGUCAGUAGCAAUCUUCAGAGUCACAGAAGAGUUCAUACGGGAGAGACGCCCAUCUUGACAUCCUACCAAUUGCAAUAACUUCUUAAGAACUACAAAAUGAAGCUUUUUUAGGAACAAUGCAGGUGUUACAUCGAGCCCUUGCUACAAACUUAAUGCAGUGCAAUUCAACUCUCUUUACUAAAAAGUGAGGUUCAUUACUGUGAUGGCAGUAAGCACACCAAGACGAUUUAGAGGCAUUAAAUCUGAGAAAGGCCACAUUGCUGUUCUGAAUGUGGCAAACGAUUCCUCCUUGAUGUCAGGUCUUCAGGCACACGUAAGAAUUCAUACUGGACAAAAACAGAUUACGUGUACAGGGCUACAGUCACUGGACUACCCAACAGACCACCGCAUACAGAGCUUACUUCAGCAUGAAGCAGUCAAGCCUAGAACAACAUCGAUUAUUACGGUCGGCCCAACAUUCAGAAUCAGCAAAGUCCAGACAGACAAGCCACCACCGUGUGCAGAGACCAAAGUAGUGCAUCUGGCACAACAUCAAAAACAAGAAUAUAUACAAGGCCUGACCAACAGAAGAGCACAGAUAUAGCAGAAAAUGUGCAGACCACCUGCUCCAGACCCAUGCAGACCAAGAAUUAACCCAUGGAUGGCUCACAAGGAAUGAGUUAAAAAACAAAGGAUGAGUGCCUAAUAAUGGGCACAGAGGAUGGCAAUAGAAAAGAGACAAAUGGUGAUUUUGCCAAAUCUGGUUUGCCGGUCACAUGGUGCUGAUGGUAGAAACUUUACACACACAAAUGACUACUGCACCAGAAAUAUGCAAUAAUAAUAAUAAUAACAACAACUUACCAGUAGGAGAGAUGUAUUUGGACCACACUGCAGAUCGAGGAACACAAAAUGAGGAGCUGAGAGUCAGAUCAGCACUAAUGGAACAGAACAAAGAUGGCCGAAUCCAGACAUAGCCGCCAAAGAAAAACAGUCUGAGCGUGGAGCAUUGAAGUUUCAGCUUCAGGGUUAUGUGGGACUCGCCAAGUGUAUUACUCUUGCACCUUAAGAUUAAUACACACAAACAGGGAUUCUUAUAGACAGUGUCUCAGGUGAAAGCCUAAUUAUCAGUCACCCCACAUUGUUUACUUAAAACCCCUUCACAUUAUUGAAUUAUUUAGAUGAUGGUACGGCGGUGGACUGGUGCCCUGCCCAGGGUUUGUUUCCUGCCUUACGCCCUGUGUUGGCUGGAAUUGGCCCCAGCAGACCUCCCCCCGUGACCCUGUAGUUAGGAUAUAGUGGCUUGGAUAAUGGUAAGGCCUAAGUACAUCACACAAUACCCUAUAGCAGUCUCUACUUAAGAACUUACUGUCACCAGCAGUGACACACAUGCAGGUGUCAUCGUGACACAACUACAAGCACAACUCUUUUGUUUCUAUGCCGCUUACUAGCCAGACAAUGCCCUGCUUUUACUGCAGUCGUCUACCUUUUGAGGAGCAAACUCAUAGGCUUGUUCACCUUGUGAGCAAGUAACGUGGCAAACUCUUCACACAGGUUUCUUACAUUUUCAGUCUAUUAUUUCAACCACUCUAAAUCGUCGGUUCUCAAUCUCAGGGGGUCCUGUGGCUGCAGGAUUUUUUGUUCCAACCAACUUCUGUUUUGAAUUGGACUGCCAGCCUAAUGAAGUGAGUUAGCUGUUCUUACCCAAUUUAUUUGUGUUUUGGAGUCGAAGUAAAAAAAUUACAAAACUAAGCUUGGUCCAUUUUUAAUAAAAUGUACUUAGCAGUUAUAAGUAGUUUGUACUUGUUAACAGAAUUUUUAUCCCGAUUUUCAUUGAUCUUUUCCAGGUUUUCUAGUUAUUCAAUCCAUUAUUUACUAAUUUAUGGAUCUGCUGCUAAAGUAGUUGCAGCCUUUCAUUGUUCAGUCUUAUUUCCGCAGGUGUCAUCUGUGCUUUUUAUUAAUUGUUGUUAUUGGGAUACAAAGAAAAAGCAAACUGCACAGAAAAAGGUCAAAAUAAUAGGA